AUGAAGAAGCCUCAUGUUCUGAUGCUAUGCAUUGUCCAGUAUGCAGCGUCUGAAACAGUCUCAACGAGCUUCAUUUGCAAUGCUGGCUCACACAUAACAACCUUCCCAGCUUGCAACAACUUUCUCAACUCUGGGAACUCCUGCGCAACCGUUCUGGAUCGUCCUGGAAAGCAGAAAUGCCUUUGCAACCAGAAAUAUCUGGACUCCUUGUACAAAUGCGAAAAUGAGCUACAACUCUGCUUCUUGGGCAAUGAACUUGACAGCACAUUUGACGAAGGCAUCAAGUCAUGGGAGAGUCUCUGCGACAGUAUCAUUACCUUUUCUCCAACUACUCCUUCGUUCAGUGCCUACAAUGAAUAUCCAGAUCAACUAUGCGCUGAGGUAAAGAAGGUGUGCCAAACAGCAGAGAAUAUGAUAAAUGAGUGUCUAUCAUAUGUAUCUGAUGUGGACACCUCAAGUUUCAGUUCUUGUACCUGUCGCCCGGAAUUACUUCGCCUCGAUUAUUCGUGUGAAUACAUUGGGAAUGCGUCUUGCUUGGCUACCUCUCUGGCCACGGAGGCUGCACUCUCUAACCUUUGGGGAUAUUCUGACUGUGAUAAUUUUGAGUCUGUUAUCGGCACUGGUCUACUAUGA